GGACGGCGGUAGUACACAGAGAAAAAAAGGUAAAUAGAGAGAGAGAGUGCAUUUCUCUCUAAAAGUAAAUUCAGGACCUUACAUUCAUACCUCGCUCUCUCUUCCUCUUCCUCUUCCUCUUCCUCUCCCUUCUCGAACGCUGAGUCUCUCAGACUCGCCUUCCCUUUGAUUCUUUUCUGUCUUGGUUUAUGAGCUCGAAGGAGAGACCCACUCUCGGUGGUACGCGGAUUAAGACCCGCAAACGGAACAUCGCAGCGCCUCUGGACCCUGCCACAUUUGCAGAUGCAGUGGUCCAGAUUUAUCUGGAUAAUGCUGGUGAUCUGGAACUUGUCGCUAAAAGCAUCGAAUCUGCCGACCUUAAUUUUUCUAGAUACGGUGACACUUUUUUUGAGGUUGUCUUCACUGGAGGGCGUACACAACCUGGCACAACAAAACCUGAUGAGGGGGAGCGCCACUCUUCCUCUAUAAUAGAUUGUGAGCCCAAGAGAGAUGCCAUUUUGCCAUCUGUAAUCUAUAUACAGAAGAUUUUGCGGCGGAGGCCUUUUCUCAUAAAGAAUCUUGAAAAUGUCAUGCGAAGGUUCCUCCAGUCAUUGGAGCUUUUUGAGGAAAAUGAAAGGAAGAAGCUGGCAAUUUUUACGGCACUUGCAUUCUCCCAGAAGUUAUCAGGGCUUCCACCGGAGACUGUGUUCCAGCCACUGCUCAAGGAUAAUCUCGUGGCCAAAGGGCUAGUGCUUCCAUUUAUUACAAACUUCUUCAAGGAAUAUCUUAUUGAUAAUAGCCUCGAUGAUCUAAUUUCAAUUCUGAAGCGAGGAAAGAUGGAGGACAAUCUUCUUGACUUUUUCCCAUCCGCAAAGCGAUCUGCUGAAGCUUUCUCUGAGCAUUUCACCAAGGAAGGGCUAGUCGCCUUGGUUGAGUACAAUGAGAAGAAAAUAUUUGAGGUGAAACUGAAGGACAUGAAAUCUGCAGUAACAACCCAGAUAUCAGAGGAAACUGAUAUUUCUGAAGUCAUAGAAACUGUAGAGCAGCAUGUGAAAGAUGCUAAAUUACCAGAUAUUGAGGUCGUGCGGAUUUUGUGGGAUGUCAUAAUGGAUGCUGUUCAGUGGUCCGGGAAAAACCAGCAGCAAAAUGCUAAUGCAGCUCUUCGCAAGGUGAAAACAUGGGCAAAACUCUUAAAUACCUUCUGCACUAGUGGAAAGCUUGAGCUGGAACUCAUGUACAAAGUUCAGAUCCAAUGCUAUGAGGAUGCUAAGCUGAUGAAAUUGUUCCCUGAAAUUGUGAGGUCUCUCUAUGACCAGGAUGUACUUGCUGAAGAUACCAUUCUUCACUGGUUCCGCAAGGGAACGAAUCCUAAGGGCAGGCAAACCUUUGUGAAGGCUUUGGAGCCAUUUGUCAAUUGGUUGGAGGAAGCCGAGGAAGAAGAAUAAUUGCAGCGGCAGCUGCAGCUUGGGUGAUGUGAAUGAUGCGUCGCCCCGUCAUUUGUUGUACAAGCAUGGCAGCUGAUGAUAUUCUGACUUCUUAUCCUUUGUCGUAGUACGCAGCUAUUCACAUGUAUGAAAUGCUAUUAAACUUUUUAAUUUCCGUACAAAUACAUCGUGUGCCAGUGGUUCUCUAAACCAUUAAUGAUUUCCUUACUUGAAAUAAUAUCCUGCCCGGAAUAAUAUUAUCGCUUUGUA